GAGAAAUUGUUAUAUUUUACAUCGCUUCAAUCUUUUUGUACCGUCUAAUUAUAUUUAUACUUUCUACUUUACAGAACAAAGAUGGAAUUAUGACAUUUUUCCAAAAGAAUUAAUGAAAGGAGCUUGGACUAGAUCUGAAUUUACUGUGGCGGAAACGUAUAUUACUAGGUACAUGAUGGCCGUGAAUAUUUCAGUCAGUGAUAAGAAAUUGUCGCGAUAAAAUGAUUCCUUUUAAAUUACUCGCAUUGUGUAUUAUGUUUUUAACUAGUGCUAAAACUGAGUUUACAACUUUGAGAACGUAUAGUAUGGACAUUCCUGAAUUGGAUCCAAUAACAAUUAUCGAAGGCGAUCCUCUUUGGGAACAAAAAAAAUCGCCCAAAAAGUAUUUGAACAACUUCGACGAUUAUCAGUCUCCUACUUCAACCAACCUUAACAAUCCAAUAAUAACUGAAACUGACGAUAGUAACAAUCAAUUUUCUGCAACAGCGUUAAAGGAGUUUUUGGAAAAAUACGCAGAAAAAUUAAAGCAAGACAAAAUCGCAAACAACUCUGAUGUAAACUACCCACCAAUUACAAUCGAACAAGAAGAAGAUAAAAGGAAGAAAAACGGAAAUUUGCUUAAUUUAAAACAAUACAUGCCACCUUUGGAUGAUAAAACCGGUUGGGUCUCUCUGGAACCAGUACCGUGGUCAGUAUCUCAAAUAUCUAAGUGGCACAGCAAACCGAAUCCCCCUGAAUAUAAUAAUAAUUGGGAUCAUCAGUCAGUUGAUAGUACUUGGGAAAAUUUCGACAGAUUAGGUAUUUCUAGUACUGCGAAACCUCAUGUACCAAAUCGCUAUCAAUUCACACCACCAGUGCAUAAAAAUAAAAUAAAAAUUUAUGAAACUGCUGAUCCAGAUCAGAUGAACCUUCCUUAUCAGAGACCGUUCGGAUACCACAGACCCAUAUACCAGAUUUUAACAGAAGAUUCACCAACGUUCAAUAAAAAUGUGAUAAUUAAAGAUAAUAAGGAUAUUAUAACCGAUGGAUUAACACCCAAUUUUCCAAGGAACCAACUCAAUUUCAAUAGAAGACACGGAACAGAAUUGUACUCCGAACCCCAUUCUUUUACAGGUGAUGGAAAAUGGGUACUAUUAUCCACCAGCAAAGGCUACAAAUACCCCAAAAAGCAGCGAUCAAUGAAGAUGUCAUCAGAAUUUGUUGAUAGUCACAAAUCAGUGCAAUUGACCGUGUUGCCACCUUUAAAAGAUUCAAACGUCAAUAUGACAACUUCACACGGUGGUUUACUGCAAGUCGAGUCAACUUUUGAACCCGUUGAACAGGCUCUGAAGAAAUUCCGGAAGAUGCAAAAAAUUAAGAACAAGAGAAAAAGACCGAGUCAGUUGAAGAAAAAGAAGAAAAUUCAAACUUUACAAACGGUGCAUAAAGUCAUACCUAGAAGUACUAGUGAUAGUGGUGCUGUUUUGGCGGGGGUAGGGGCCGGUCUAAUACCUGCAACUAUGGCGAUGAUGAUGCCCUUAGUGAUCAAUGGAAAAAAACGGAAAAGGAGAAGUAUUCCAAAUGUGAAAAUUCAAAAAGGACUUAAUUUAUUUUAUAAAUAAUUUAUUUCAUAAAUAAUUUAUUUUUUAUUUAAUAGACG